AUGAUAAAUGGUACCCCGGUCUAUAUGUACCAGGACUGCAGUGUGCUUUCCGAGGGUGACACUGAUCACUGGCUUCGCACCAACUGGAUUUAUCGGGGUGAGGCAGCCUCCCGCAUUUAUGUGGAACUAAAGUUUACUGUGAGGGACUGCAAGAGCUUCAAAGGUGAAGUGGUGACCUGCAAAGAGACCUUCAAUCUUUAUUACAUGGAGUCUGAACAAGAUGUCGGGAUCCAGUUCCGCCGCCCGCUGUUCAUCAAGCUCAACACUGUGGCAGCAGAUCGAAGUUUCACAAGCAGAGACAUCGAAUCGGGUGCCAUGCAGCUGAACACAGAAGUGUGUCCCAUUGGGAAGCUGUCUCGCCGGGGCUUCUACUUGGCUUUCCAGAACUCUGGGGCUUGCGUAGCCAUGGUGUCUGUCCGAGUGUAUUACAAGACUUGCCCGGAGGCAGUGCGGGGCCUGGCCCGUUUUCCAGAGACACUAGCAGGUUCGGAGGGGCUGACAGAAGUGCCCGGGGUCUGCGUGGAGUAUGCAGCUGAAGAAGUGGGCUCUCCCCCCAGGAUGCACUGCAGCACUGACGGGGAGUGGCUGGUACCAAUGGGCCGAUGCCUUUGUGCUGUGGGGUUUGAGGAAGUUGAUGGGAGCUGCGUAG